AUGGAGGCCCUCGCUGGAGCUCAGACUGCAGCCUUCCACCAGCGCUGGCCAGCCCGGCUACUGCUGUGGGUCUCAGCCCUGAGUUGUUCUUUCUCCUCGCCGGCUUCUCUCCCUCCUUCUCUGGUACCCCGAGUCAGAAGCAGCUACACUCUGGGAAGGACGUUCCUCGGUCUUGAUAAAUGCAAUGCCUGCAUCGGGACAUCAAUUUGUAAGAAGUUCUUUAAAGAAGAAAUCAGGUUUGACAACUCAAUGGCUUCCCACCUGGGACUGCCUCCUUACGACCUGCCUUCUUAUGCUGCAAAUUACUCAGAUGAUUCCAAAACCUGGCGCCCUGUGGAAGUUUCUCGACUGGUCAGCAAGUACCAAAGUGAGAUCUCUGACAGGAGAAUCUGUGCCUCUGCAUCAGCUCCGAAGACCUGUAGCAUUGAACGAAUCCUCCGGAAAACAGGGAGGUUCCAGAAAUGGCUGCAGGCCAAGCGACUCACACCCGACCUGGUGCAGGGCCUGCCCAGUCCCUUCUUGCGCUGCCCUUCACAAAGACUCUUGGAUCGUGUGGUUCGACGCUAUGCUGAAGUGGCUGAUGCUGGCAGUAUCUUCAUGGACCACUUCACCGACCGGGACAAACUGCGUCUCCUCUACACACUGGCUGUCAAUGCACACCCCAUCAUCCUUCAGAUCUUCCCUGGGGCAGAGGGCUGGCCACUGCCCAAGUACCUGGGCUCCUGUGGUAGAUUCCUGAUCAGCACCAGCACCAGACCACUGCAAGAAUUUUACGAUGCACCUCCAGAGCAAGCUGCUGACCUUGCCUACCAACUCCUCGGGGUCCUGGAGUCCCUGAGGAGCAACGAUUUGAACUAUUUCUUCUACUUCACCCACGUUGAUGCAGACAUGUUUGGCAUCUUUGACAAUGGGCAUCUGUUCAUCCGGGAUGCCAGUGCACUAGGCGUCAUCGACAAGCAGGAAGGCAGCCAAGCAGAUGCCGGGACUGGAGAGAAUGAAGACAUUUUUAGCUGCCUGGUUUCUGGCUGCCAGGUCCAGCUGUCCUCCUGUGACACUGUCCCUGAGAUGCAAAGCCUGGUGCUGGUAUGUCAACAGUUGCUGCCUCAACUUCUCCAGGGAAAGUUUCCCUCCCCUGUGCAAGAAGAAAUAGACUCUGCUCUCAGCCUGUGUAGCAAGGAUUCUAGCACAGACAUGGAAGUUUUGGGGGCCACCAGCCAGCUGAAGGACAUCUUGAGACCCCUGAGAACCUGCGAUCCUAGAUUUGCCUACCGAUACCCAGACUGCAAGUAUAAUGACAGAUUCUAAGUGGCUGUGGCCUAACUAGCCUAAAGGGACAAUCCACAAGCUCUUCCAUGUCCCUGAUUGAGUUAAUGCCAAAUUGGAAGAAGCAAUUCCAUUUUACAGUUUUAAGUACAUUCCUUUCCUAAGAAACACUCAAAACUAGUGAAAGAAACUCUGACACUGCAUAAUUAACACCACUGGCUAGGACACCAUGGCAGAGUCAGGAGGUGAACAUAGGAAGUCCCAGGUGUGAAUACUCCGUGUCUUUGAACCUUCAUUUUCUCUGUACUCUACCAGGCUCUCACUAGUUAAAGAAAACAGA